AUGUGGGGUGGUUGGGCUGAAUCGUUUGUUGAUGGUUUUGUUCUGGUUCUGCUUGUUCUAGUUUUGUUCAGUUAUGGUUCUAGUUCUGUUCUGCUUUUUGUUGAUGGUUCUGUUCUGGUUCUGCUUGUUGAUGGUUCUGUUCUGAUUAUGUUCAUGUUCUGUUUUGGUUCUGGUUUGGUUCUGGUUCUGCUAGAUUUGAUGGUUCUGUUUUGGUUUAGUUCUGGUUUGGUUCUGCUAGAUUUGAUGGUAUGUUCUGUUAAUUUAUGUUCUGAUUUCCUCAGAGAAUUGUUUCAAUCUCUCCCUCGAGGAUAUAGUUUGCCGAUGAGCUCAAGGAAUGGUUCUCUUUUUGGUGGAGGGGAUGAGAUGGAAGGAGAUGGUAGCCAGCUUGAUAUGGGAGUGCUGGAAUUCAAUAGGGUCACUGCUUCUGUUGGCAAAGGAAGGGGAGGAAAAGCUACCGAACAUUUUGCAACUGAGAAACAAAGAAGAGAGCAAUUGAAUGGAAAAUACAAAAUUUUGAGGAGUCUCAUCCCAAAUCCCACCAAGAUUGAUAGAGCAUCAGUGUUGGGAGAUGCUAUUGAGUAUAUAAGAGAACUAGUUAGAACAAAGAAUGAGCUGACAUUAUUGGUUGAGAGGAAAAGACAUGGGAGGGAAAUGAGCAAGAGACUUAAAACUGAAGAUGAUGCUGCAGAAAGCUGUAAUAUAAAGCCUUUUGGUGAUGCAGAUGGAAGCAUAAGGACCUCAUGGCUGCAGAGGAAAUCCAAAGACAGUGCGGAUGUCCGGAUUAUUGAUAAUGAUGUUACGAUCAAACUGAUUCAGAGGAAGAAGGUUAAUUGCUUGCUGUUUGUUUCCAAGGUUUUGGAUGAACUUCAGUUGGAACUUUACCAUGUUGCAGGUGGAUUUGUUGGUGAAUAUUUUAGCUUCUUGCUCAAAAGCAAGGUAAUUGAAGGUUCAUCAGUGUAUCCAAGUGCCAUAGCCAACAGGGUGAUUGAUGUUUUGGACACUCAAUAUGCAGCAGUUGUUCCAAUUUUAAGUAGGCUAUAGCUAUUAGAGAUGAGCAGGAACCAAAUGUCUCUAUUAUACUUGGCACUGACAUGAAUGCGACAAUUUAGAAAAGUGAUUAUGAUAAUAGUGAUAGUAAUAAUUUCAUGGGGACAACUAGGAUAUGUUGAAAUUUAUAAGUUCAAUAGUUUCUUUAUUCUUAGUACAUCUUAUUUUGCUAUUUUAGUUUAGCUUUAGCAGCCAUUAUGUAUGUUAUUUUGUCUCUGGUGGUUAGUUGAGUCAUACUUUUACCUUUUCUGUUUGGCAAAUAACUACUUUGCUUCAUUGCUUUUUAA